AUGUAUCCCAUAAAAAAGGAUAUCACUAUAGAAAAAGAUAUUUCGAUUAAGAUGAUUAAAAGUACCGAUAGUUCACUAACGUUUUCGAAGAGAAAGUUCAGCGUUUUCAAGAAAGCUGAUGAACUUUCCACUCUUUGUGGAAGUGAGCUAGCGAUAGUAAUGUUUAGUCCAAGUGGAAAAGCGUUCUCUUAUGGAAACCCCAGUGUAAAUUCCAUAUUGGAUCAAUUCAUGGGCCUUGAUCCCUUGAAAACACUUGAUCCAAUAUCCCAUGAACUCUUAGAGGCACAAAACAAUUUACGUGUUCGAGAGAUUGAAGCUCGAAUAGCAGAGGUUGAAGAUAUGCUCAAACUUGAACAACAACGAGAACUGUCACUAGAUAUGACUAACCAUGCAAAGAAAAGAUGGUGGGAACAAUCCUUUAAGGAGAUAAGCUUGACUGAGUUACAUUUGAGGAAGGAUAAGAUGGAAGAGCUAAAAAUGUUUUUUGAAGAGCAGAAAAAAAUGAAGAUGUUGACCGAAUGA